AUGACUUCAGGUCACUGGGGAGAGAGGGAGCCCCUGUGCAGGGCGCUCAGCUACACAGUGUAUUCACGGUCUUCAUGCCUCUGCCUCAGGGUUUUAGUGAGUCUCGCCCAGAACCUUCCUAACAGCACCCUGGACGAGUUGGCUCCACUCCUCGAUCAGGCUCAGACUCUUGCCACCAUGUGCUGCUCUGCUGAGCCCAAAGGCGACUGCGACAAAGAUGUGGUUGAAUGGCUGUGGAGUACUGUGUGCGCCUCUGAGUCGCUCGUGGAGAGGAACAGCUUGAAACCCUGCUGUGAGAACACUGAGAACAGAACAUGCUUCAGUCACCAGAAGUACAACAUUCCCUCCGUCCCGCUAGCGGACCAUGAGGUGCCAGCUGAGGAGGUGUGCCGCGACUUCCAGAAGGACAGAGACGAUUUUCAUAAGAGGUUCAUUUUCUUUUUAUCCAAGAGAAAUGACAGGAUGCCUCCCCCACUGAUAUUGAGGUUUGCUAAAAAAUACAGCCAAACGAUGGAGUCCUGCUGUGGAGAGGGUGAUCUAAUGAGCUGCUUGAGCACCAAGGAAGGUUUUGCUCUUGGUGUCGCUUUAAGGAGCCAGAUGAGAGAACUGACAGCCACCUGCCUCGUCCAGCAGAAAUAUGGAAAACCCUUUGCUAAAUCCAAGAAGGUGGUGGAAUACAGCCAGAAGUUUCCUCAAGUGCCAGUGGAUGCCAUACAGGCCAUGAGUGAGAAGAUCGUAGAGUCUUAUGCCCCCUGCUGUCAAGGAGACAUGGUUACAUGCCUGAGGCUGAGGAAGCAAGCUUUUGAUGAGGCAUGCACCGCUGACAGUGCUUUCCAAAUGACCGGACUUGCAGCGUGCUGCAAUGCAGAUAUCUUCAGUCGUGGUCACUGCAUCGCCAGCUUGAAGCCUGACCCCAAGCCUAAUGGCCUAUCAGAAACGUAUAACCUGACUGAUGAUAUCCAAACUGUAUGUGACAGCUUCCUCAAGUCUCCUGAGCAAGCCAUGGAAAAGCUGCUGUAUGAAGUGUCCCGUCGUCACCCUGAAGCAUCCCGGGUGGUCAUCUUUCGUUAUGCUGAACCAGCAGAGCAGGCCCUCAGAGAGUGCUGUCCCCGCGAGGACCGUGCCGACUGUGUCAAGACUGCAAUGGCCAGGAAUAAUCUUGAGGAGGCCAUUGUCAAAGACCUUUUCCUUUACAGGACUAAUGCAGCUGCAAAGAGACAGAUGGAUAACCAGAAUUUUGAGAUUGGAUUGAUCACUGAAUACACCCAGGCCAUGCCUCAGGCCUCCUUAAACGACAUCCAGAGGUUAUCUGUGGCAGUGGUUGAAGUCUAUGACGAAUGCGUAAACAAUGUCACUGACCAAGAACUCCUGGCAUGCGAGGACAAGCUGACUGACUUAAUUGAUGUAAUGUCUCACGAAUAUGACCCUGCCAGCAUUAACUCACAAAUCGCCAACUGCUGCAACCAAAGCUAUUCAACACGCCUUCUCUGCAUCUUGGACAUGAAGCCCGACACUACCUUCAAGAUAGAUCCUGAACUCCCGUGGGCUAAAAUUUGCCCCAGGGAAGAAGACCCGUUUCCUUUUAGGAGAAGGCUACUCCAUGCUGUGAUUAGACGUAACAUCAACAUCACAGAUGACCGGUUGGGGGUACUCUUUAACAAACACGAGAUCGAGAGCUACAGGCGCUGCCGUGAAGUUGCACAGCUUACAGGCUGAUGAAUCUGCUUCAUAAGAACCGUAACUAAGCUGCCUCCUCAGAAACACAUCUACCAGUCCACCGCCCACCGAAUCUGAUGGACACUGGUGUAUUUCCU